CGUCGACGCCAGCAUGGCUACGCUCAAACCGCUACAGGAGUUGCCCAUGUGUUAAUGUUUCUGCAUUUCUGCCCCAGAAGGCGAUCUUGAACCGAGGUCGAACUGUGGUCGUGGUUCCCCGACUUCGGAAAGACGCCUCUGUUUCUCCGCAGAGGCGGGUGAUCUGACCACGAGUUUGUCAUUGGGGGAGAGGCUGGAUGGAGGGAGGAGUGAUCUCUUUGUCGGAAUAAGCCCUGAAGCAGCAGCGAGACAGAACAUCUGGAGUUUUGACCACAUCAGCGUCAGCGGUAAGGGGAUAGUACGUUGUGAUAACCGCACGACUCCUGAGGACAUUCAUCUCAACUGUCGUCUCCAUCUCCAGAUUUCGUCCGUCCAUGGCUAGUGCCGUGUCAUCUCUUCACGCCGGGUCAGGCAAUGAACGCUUCAACGCAGAGGCAGCAUCCUGGGACCGCAACCCCUUCGUCCACACAGCCAGCAAGCAUGCGUCGAGUGCGAUCAUCCCGCGGUUCCCCGCGCUGAAGAACCCCCCGGGGCCCAACGGGCUGGACAUACUCGAGAUAGGCUGCGGCACGGGCCUGCUCUCCUUCAUGCUUGCACCCUACGCGCGACGCCUGGUCGCCGUCGACGCCGCCGAGGGGAUGAUCGACGUGCUCAAGACCAAGCUGGAGGCACCGGGCGCCCCUUCGAACAUCACCCCCGUGGCCGUCCUGCUGGAGGAUCCCGAGGACAAACACCUCCCUCCGGCCGACGGAAAGGACCCCGACGGCCAACGGCUCAAGUUCGACCUCAUCACCUCGCACCUGGUCUUGCACCACAUCCCAGACCUGAAGGCCGUGCUGACCACCAUGCUCGGCUGCCUCAAGGACGGGGGAAGCCUGGCCCUGACGGACUUCGAGGACACGGGGCCCGAGUCCAAGCGAUUCCACGCCCGGUCGAGGAUGGGCGGCGUCGAAAGACACGGAAUCAAUCGCGCCGCGAUGGAAGCCCUGUUGAACGAGGUCGGCUUCGUCAAUGUCCGGGUCGAGACGGCCUGGAGCAUGGACAAAUCGGUGGAGAAGUACGAGGGCGAGUUUGGUGACGCCGGGAGGCCCAAGGAAGGCCAGGGCGAGGUACGCAGCUUUCCCUUCGUCUUGUGUAUAGGCGAGAGGAAGUUCUGUCAGUGAGUAAGCUGUCUUGUUGACUCUCGGUCGCGUCGACAUCUGUUCAACAAGAUGUCAAGGGGGCUAGACUCAUGAUUCUCGGGGGUAUGGGAGUGGCAGGAACAAUCCUACACUCCUGUCUGUUGUGUUCGGUAUGAUUCUGGUCGAGUUUCGCCCUGGACAGCCGUCUACAGCAAGAUCACGGAGCAUAGCUUUCAACGUUUUGGUUAGAGAGUGGAAACACAAGGCUGUGCUGUGUUGCCUCGAAUACUGGGUCGCAGAAGACACGGGCCAAAGAAACAAUUGACCGAUCGUAAUAUUUAAUAAUGAAUGGAAACGUGUAACUCCAGCCCCCAAAGGC